AUGGAAUUCAACAAUGAAACAUUAGAAAGAUAUGGAGAGCAGAUAGUAAUUCUUAAAGAACUACUAAAGUCAAAUGAGAACAUUGUGUCCAAUUUUCGUAUUGAUAAAAUUGCCUCUAAUUUUGUCCAAUGCUAUGGGUUAGCUAGAAAUCCAUUUACAAAAAAUUAUAUGCUGGUUUUACAUGUUCAUCCUAGUAAUAUUUUACUCAAAGAAGUCCUGUGUGGUAAACCUUAUACUGUUAAAGCAAAUAUAUAUAGUUUAGGAAUAGUUAUAUGGUUUAUUUCUGCAGGUAGGCGAACUUUUAGUGGUCUUGAUCACAAUAUUGCGCUUCCGUUAAGUAUCGCAAAAGGAGCUCGUCCAGAAAUUAUUAAAGGGACGCAAGAAUUAUUGGACAAUGUUGGAAUGCUAAUCCUGAGAAUAGGCCCGGUGCUAAAAAAAUUUGCAGACAAUGAAAUUAUUUUUGAAAAAUCUGUAAUCUCUAAUGAUUUACAAUUGGAUAUUAAUGAUUCUGAUGUUCGGGAAGCAUAA